CAGUCACGGAAAAACUUGGGGAUACGGUGGAUAUUUUAUCAUAGCACGUGGAAAUACAUGUGGUAUUGAAACCAGUAUGGCAGCACUCGUUACUGAAGUUAGGGAUGACGAGAAAACCAGUAUUAACAAAGAAACAGGGUGUCCCGCUGAUAAACCGACUCUUUGUGAGGGUACGAACAUUUGCACUGCAGAAACUAAGUGUCUGAAUACUGAGAGCGAGGAAAAAGAGCUGCUUUCAGUCAAGAAAAGGGCCGUUGAAGCCAAUAGAAGAUUACGAAAAGUCAAACGAUCUGACGAAGAGAUCAACAUCUCCAAACGAUGUGCUGACAAAACAUCCCAAUGCACUAUUCUCGCUAGUAGAGGCCACGAUGUGUGCAAUGCUCGUUUUGCAAGGUUUUGUGAACAGACAUGUGAUCUUUGCGCGCAGGAAGAAGCUCCUCCGGUCGAAGAAACUAAAGAAACUGUAGGGAAAUGUAGCAGACCUACUAUUGAACAUGGUACAGUAUACAACAACGAAGUUAUGAACCCUGGAGAAAAAGUUAACGUGAAAUGUGACUCAGGCUACACUUUAACAGGAGUUCAAGCUGAGUGCUUGAUUGAGGACAUAUUCACAAACGAUGUCAAAGAUGCUAGGUUGAUGCCAGAAUGUGUCAAGUUGGGAUCGAAUACAUUAGAAGGAAAUGGGGCGUCUUAUAUUGGAAACAAGAAUUAUUACAGCAUACGUGGUCAAAACUUCGAGUGUGGUGGUUGGAACAGGGAUGUGUUGCGUGGAGUCCUCACAAAUGACAAAGAGGCACUCAGGUUCAAGUUCGGCAACCACAAUUAUUGCAGAAAUCCGAACGGAGUUGAGCCAGUUCCAUUCUGUAUAGGAGCCUCCACGGGGACAGGAAGAAUACAAUACUGUUUCAGCCACGCUGGUUGUGAUACUUGUGUUGGGGUCACAGACGAGUAUGAUGCUCUGUCCUGUCAGAAACAGGCCAUGCUAGGGUACUGUUUGUACUCAGACAAGAGCACCGCAGCUCGUGUUACAUACGUACAAGAAAAGUGUCAAGCUACCUGUUGUCAUCUUGCUGGUUGCAUCUAGGUUCACUGUCUUUACUUCAUCUUGGGAAGUAUAGGUCAAGAUGUGGUGGAGGUGAAGCGUAUUGGUUUUGACAGUAAAUUUGGGUUUUGAUUGGACAAUACUGGAAGCUGAGUGGUUAAUUGCUGUCAAAUGUAAGGAAAUAUGACACACCUUUCCACCAAUAUUGAAAUCUAUACUAUGAUCUUCAAGACUAGACUUUAAAAACGAGUGAACUUAUAGGUAGAGUAUUUUGAGUAAAUUUAUGAGCUGGAUUUCUGGAAAUUGACUACUUGUUAAAUUGUAUGGCUCCUUUUUUGUCUUUUGGAAUGUUAUUAUAUUAUUUGCCAGGCCUGAUAACUGAUUGAUGAUGUUGAUUAUUAUUUAAUGACAAGUUUUGACUUUUGAGUUCAAGGUUUAAGAUGUUGCUUACAAAUGAUUAGAAAUUAUUGUUGAUUGUGUUCAACUUAUCGCUAUGAAAAGCA